AUGCCUGCGUUCCUCACUGUCUGGGAGGAGAGGAAUCUAACUCAGACAGUAGAAAUUCUGAUCAAACAGGAAUUUCUGAAGCAGAAGUUCAACAGGAGCUACACAUAGCCAAAAUGUAUGGAUGGGACCAAGAGUAAGCAAAUCACCAUGCAGGCUCUGUGGAGAAAGAAAAGGUUAGAAGGGAAGCUGGCACAAACUCACGGGACAGUAUUCAUCCUGGAGGUCCAGCCAGUGGCCAUUGAGCAUGCCACCACCAAGGCAGGAGUGCUUUGUACCAUGGAUCCUGCUGCCCAAGGCAUGAAGAAAGCCUGCCGGGAAGUUGACACUGACAGGGUAGAGGAACUGCUGGCUGACAUCACAGAACAACAGGAGCUGGCCCAGCAGGUAUCAGAUGCCAUUCCUCGCCAGGGUUUUGGAGAUGGUGUGGAUGAGGAUGAAUUGCUUCAAGAUUUGGAGGAACUGGAGCAAGAGGAAUUAACUCAGAAGUUGUUAACUGUGGGCAACAAGGAGGAAGAACCCCCGAUCAGAUUGUCUGGUGUACCUUACACACAUCUGCUUGCAGGGCCAGUUACCCAGAACUCUUUGUUAAAGACUUGA